AGUAGCCAAUCGUCUAAAGCUCAUUACCAGUUGAGUGGUGCUUUCUGAAUCAAUCGUUUAUAUUAGUUUUGAAUGAGAAGUUCAUAAAAUGGUCAAUACGGGAGAUGUUUUUAUAGUAUCCGCCGCGCGUACAGCUAUUGGCAGUUUCAAUGGAACACUUUCUAAAUUGAAAGCUUCGGAAUUGGGCGGCGUAGUUAUUAAAGAAGUGCUGAAUAGGGCUAAUGUUGGUAAUGAAGAUAUUGACGAAGUCAUAAUUGGCCAAACCCUUACAUCCGGACAAGGCCAGAAUCCUUCACGUCAGGCUGCACUACAAGCUGGUCUUCCUAUAAGUGUACCCGCUUAUAAUAUUAAUAUGCUUUGCGGUUCUGGCUUAAAGACUGUUGCCUUAGGUUAUCAAUCUAUACGCUGUGGCGAUUCUAAAAUUGUUAUUAGUGGUGGCCAAGAAAGCAUGUCAUUAGCACCCCAUGCCAUUUAUUUGCGUAAUGGCAUCAAAAUGGGUUCAGGCGCAAUGUUAGAUACUAUGCUCCACGAUGGACUCACGGAUGCUAUGCACAACAUUCAUAUGGGCGUUACAGCGGAGAACUUAGUUAAGCAAUACGAAAUUUCACGCCAUGAGCAAGAUGAAUUUGCAUUACGUUCACAGAAUCUUGCAGAGAACGCUCAAAAGGCUGGCUACUUCGAAGAAGAAAUUGUGCCAGUGGAGAUAAAGACUCGUGCUGGCGUGCAAAUAUUUAAUAAGGAUGAAUACAUAAAAGCAGGCACUACAAUUGAGUCGUUAAAAAAACUGAAACCUUGUUUCAUUGAUAAUGGAACAGUAACAGCUGGAAAUGCUUCAGGCAUUAAUGACGCUGCUGCAGCGGUGUUGUUAAUGUCAGGAGAGGAAGUUCAAAAACGAUCGAUAAAGCCGCUUGCUAGGAUAGUUGCAUGGGUACAAACUGGCGUAGAACCAACUAUUAUGGGAAUAGGCCCUGUUACCGCAGUUGAAGCUGUUCUACGUAAAGCUGGUUGGUCCAAGGAUGACGUUGAUUUGUUUGAAUUAAAUGAAGCAUUCGCCGGUCAAUCUAUAGCAGUACUAAAGGGACUAGGAGUGAACCCCUCAAAAGUUAAUGUUAAUGGUGGUGCUAUAGCGUUGGGUCAUCCGAUUGGUGCAUCUGGGUGUAGAGUUCUAGUCACAUUAUUAUACGCGUUAAAGCGUUUAAAUUUACGAAAAGGUAUUGCCUCAUUGUGCAUUGGAGGUGGCAUGGGUAUCGCUAUGGCUAUUGAGCGUAUUUAAAUAUAAAGCCUCGUAAAUACAUUGUAAAUGUAUUUAUAUUUAUUAUAAUUUCAUGACAUGAUUACAAACAUUUGUAUACAUACAUGCAUGUAAUUUGAACUUAUAUAUUUGUUAUAGCAGAUGUCAAAUGUUAUCUAAACUACAAAUGCAAAUAUACAUAUGUAAAUUUCAAUUGUAUAACUAAUUUAGAAACUUUUCAAUAAACAAACACACUUCUCUUAAAGAGGAAACAAAUA